CGUGCGCCGAAGUAGUUGUCGUUUUCUUGCGGCCGUUAUCUCGUUGCUGUUGGCUUAACAAAUAAAAAUAAAAGCAGAAAGAAAUAAACAAAGUUGUUUUUGCAACGCUCGGUCGCGCGGAGCGCUGCGGUUUUUUUAAGCAAACACAAAUCGCAAAAGUUAUGCCAAUUAAUCAAGUGAUCCUUAGUAGUGUCUGUGUUAAAAACCCACUGGAAAAGUUACAAUAACAUUAAUGCAGUUAUCAAAACAAGUUUAAAUUAACAUUCACAACAAAAAGCUACAAUAUCGGCGUAGCUGCAGAGUUAAUGGCCGCAGCAGCAUCUGUAGCAGCCUAAGAAAACAGCUGUGCUCCGAGUUUGUAAGCAAAUACUGUGCUGACCCUCCUCAGGGCUCCCCUGCAACGCCAACAACGUCAAUGUAUGAGACCUCAGUGGCAUAUUGAGAGCGCGCGAGAGAGCGAGAGCAAAGCAGAACCAAAAGAACCAUUUGUCGGAGUUUGCCGGUGGCGGUGGCCCACAGACAACAACUGCCGGUCCAUCCGCUGGUAAUGUGGCUAAUAAUACCAUCGUUGGUGGGAAAAGCACAAGCAAUAACAUGUACUCCACCCGCCAAUCUGUAAGCACCACAACCGGUGUCCUUAUGGUCGGACCAAAUUUUCGUGUUGGCAAAAAAAUUGGCUGUGGUAACUUUGGCGAGUUACGUUUAGGCAAAAAUCUUUACAACAAUGAACAUGUAGCAAUAAAAAUGGAGCCUAUGAAGUCAAAGGCUCCUCAACUACACUUAGAGUAUAGGUUUUAUAAGCUAUUAGGAUCACAUGCCGAUAACGCCCCAGAAGGCAUACCACGCAUUUAUCACCUGGGCACUUGCGGUGGGCGUUACAAUGCCAUGGUGUUAGAGUUAUUGGGAUUAUCAUUAGAAGAUCUCUUCAAUAUUUGCUCCCGUAAAUUUUCACUUAAGACUGUAUUGAUGAUAGCAAAACAACUUCUCCACCGGAUCGAAUAUGUUCAUAGUCGGCACUUAAUAUAUAGGGAUGUAAAACCAGAGAACUUUCUCAUUGGCAGAACAUCGACAAAACGUGAAAAAAUUAUACACAUUAUUGAUUUCGGUUUGGCCAAAGAAUACAUUGAUUUAGAUACAAAUAGGCAUAUACCAUAUCGAGAGCAUAAAUCCCUGACCGGUACUGCUCGCUAUAUGUCAAUCAAUACACAUAUGGGACGCGAGCAGUCAAGGCGUGACGAUCUGGAAGCCUUGGGACAUAUGUUUAUGUACUUCUUAAGAGGUUCACUGCCGUGGCAAGGCCUUAAGGCUGAUACACUCAAAGAAAGAUAUCAAAAAAUCGGUGAUACUAAACGGGCAACGCCUAUUGAGGUGCUUUGUGACGGCCAUCCCGAAGAGUUUGCGACAUAUUUGCGUUAUGUGCGGCGGUUAGAUUUUUUCGAAACUCCCGACUAUGAUUUUCUGCGAAGACUGUUUCAAGACUUAUUCGAGCGUAAGGGCUACACCGACGAGGGCGAAUUCGACUGGACAGGGAAGACAAUGACCAAGGACCAGCUGGAUCAAAUGAAGGUUCUUAAGAAUGCGGCACCUUCAUAUUUGGCAAAGAAUAAAUCUGAUAAGUCCACGCCCGUCGGAUCUCUCCAAACUGGCCAUGAAGUCAUCAUUUCACCAAAUAAAGAUCGUCAUAAUGUAACGGCUAAGGACGUCUCGUAUUUUGAUUUUGAUGAUGUUGAUAAUGAAAAUGAAGAAUAUAUAAUACUUCAGACAAAUGCCAAAGGAGGUGUUGCUGCGUGGCCGGACGUGCCCAAGCCGGGUGCGACCCUUGGCAAUCUGACACCCGCCGAUCGGCAUGGUUCAGUGCAGGUUGUGAGUUCGACAAAUGGCGAACUGAAUGCGGACGAUCCCACGGCCGGACACUCGAACACACCCAUCACACAGCAGCCUGAAGUAGAGCUUGUCGAUGAAACAAAUGGUUCCUUAUAUUCCAGAUGUUGUUGUUUCUUUAAACGAAAGAAGAAGAAAUCAACGCGCCAAAAAUGACUAGACGGUGUACAAUGUAGUCCAGAACGCGAGGCAGUUACAUUGCUGCGCGCCACUUCACAUUCAAACUCACGGGAUAGCGUAUUGAAUAAUCCAAGUCAGGAUUACAUACAACAAGCAACGUCGCAGCAUACGUUGCGUUAUCCUCCAUCCGCGUCAAUGUUGACGCCAACACCAACUACAAAUACACCGACACUUCCGUUGUAAUUUAUAUAAAUACAGAAAAUAGAAAGCAAAAACAAAUACAAAAAAAACUAAACAUUAAACACCGUCAAAACAAAAAAGGAAAAAAAGUAAAAAUUGCAACAAAAAAACAUAAUUUUAUUAUUAUUUUUUAUUAUUUACCAAUUUUGCGUUUAUGUUAAUUAUAUAAAUUAUUAUAAUUAUUAAUUAUAUUAUUAAUAAAAAAAGAAAAACAAACAAAAUGCAAAUACUAUACAUACACAAUUAUUGGAGGAUAAUAAAAAAGCAACUGUCAUAAUAUUUUCAUAAUUCAAUCAGGAGCCAGGUAGCUCAGUGUUGUGCUUAAAGUUUGAUAAAUAUCCAUUUGCUCUAAUCGAUGAGAAUUCAAAACUGUUUGACAAACACAUAGACACACACCCACACCCACCCACAGGCAGGCACUGACACAAAGCAGAGAAAACCACUUAAAACAUAUUUAGAUAUAUACACACAUACAUAUAUACCGAUAUAAACUAAUUUAAAUACUAGUGCAGCGUCAUUCAAUGAAAACUACAAUGCAUUACAUGUAUUAAUAUUUAUAGACAAACAACAAAUUGUACAUUAUUAUACGCGUAUAACAACAAAAUAUUCACAUCAUUCGAUCAACUAUUGAACACACAUAAAACUAAUGAGAAUGCAUACACACGUACGUUUACAUAUAUUUGUUUGCUUGUGUUUUUGUCCAGUAAAUCCAUUCGCACCCGUUAUUCAUUCGCUCUCUUCAACUUUCCUUUUCUUUUCGCGUAGUUAGCUUUUGUUUAGCUUUGCUUUUGGAUGCACUUUUUACAUCACAUCCAUACAUUGCUUGGCAGUCUUUUCUUUUUAACGAUGUUCUCUGCAUAGUCCCUGAUAUAUAGGGAACCCAAAAUAGAAAAGUGCUAAAAGCAAUCAAUUUUGUCUCGAUACAGGCUGCUGAACGAUGUAUGCGUGUUUAUUGUAUGUAUAUCAAUGAAAUAACUAAAUGAAUGAACAUUAAAUGCAAUUAAUAGUUGAAUUCUUUUUGUACAAGAUUUGUGCAUUUAUUUGAUUAGUGUGUUUUUAGGUCAAUUUUAUUUACAAAAUACAUUUAUGAAAUUUAGUAACAAAAAAAUUAUAUAAACUUCAGCUGGAAAUCCCUUCACAAGCAGCCUUAACAAAAACUAAAAAAAAAAACCAAAAAAAAAGAACAAGAUUAGUCCUCCUUAUAGGGGCACUGUAUUUCCCAAUAGCAAUAGCUAAUCAAAAGUAAACAAAAGUAACUAAAUAAUAUCAUGAACUUUCUAGUUAUUGAUGCAUGGAGGAAGUAAUAAAAAGAAAUAUGAAAAACUAA